AUGGAUGCUGAAUUCAAUGGAACAUUUAUAACUCUUGGUGGCUUAGUAGACCUGGACCAAUACAGAUAUCUUUACUUUGUCAUCUUUUUAACAUUAUAUAUUCUCAUCCUCUUUACUAACGGCACCAUUAUAUGUGUGAUCUGCAUUCACAGGAACCUUCACGAGCCUAUGUACAUUUUCAUUGCUGCUUUGUCACUCAACUCUCUUUUGUUUAGCACUGCUAUCUACCCUAAACUUUGCAUUGACGUCCUAUCUCAAAAACAGACCAUUUCUCAUUCAGCAUGUUUGUUUCAAUAUUUUCUUUUCUAUUCAUUUGCAAAAUCAGACUUCCUACUGCUGUCAGCCAUGGCUUAUGACAGGUAUGUGUCUAUCUGCAAACCUCUGCAGUAUCCAACUAUCAUGGGAAAAAGAACUGUCGUUGUCCUCUUGACUUUGGCCUGGUGUGCAGAAGUCAGGAAAAAAGCUUUAGAGACAUGUUUACCUCACCUGAUUGUUUUAUUCAGCUUUGUUUAUCUUCCAAAAAUUGUACAUUUGAUAAUGACUUUACAAAUAGUUGUGUAUAGUCCUCUGUUCAAUCCAAUCAUAUAUGGAGUGAAAAUGAAGGAAAUUUGGAAACACAUCAAGAGAUUGUUUUGUCAACUGUGGGCAGCCUUGGACGGAGUCAGCUCUCUUAAUCAGUUUAUUAAGUCUGUUCAUGUCUCUGACCGUGCUGGCCACACCCCAGCAAACGACGGCAUAGAACAGCCGCCACAGUGUCGUAAAAAAUGUGCAGCCAACCUGAAGGACCUCAGUCUCCUCAAGAAGUCUAGGCGACUUUAA